CGGGGGGGCGGCGGGAGCGGGCGGGGGCGGGACGGGACAGAACGGCGCGGGGAGCGCGGAGCCCCGGCCCGGUCCGGUCCGGUGUCCGGAAUGCGCCGCAGCGCCCGGGAACAUGGGCCGGCAGAGCCCGCCGCGCAACGGCUUCGGCGGCCACGACUUUGAUGCUAAGAAGAAAAGAAAAGUGGCAGAGAUUUACCAGGCUCUGAACAGUGACCCCAUCGACGUGCCAAAGCUGAGGCGGAUGGCGAUCAGCAAGGGCGGGCUGCUCACAGACGAGAUCCGCUGCAAAGUGUGGCCAAAGCUGCUCAGUGUUAAUACAGACAACCUGCCCCCUCUUCCAGCAGGGAAGGAGUUGCGACAGGACAAUAAGGAUUACCAGCAAGUGUUACUGGAUGUGCGGCGAUCCCUGCGCCGCUUCCCACCGGGGAUGCCAGAUGACCAGAGGGAAGGAUUGCAGGAGGAGCUCAUCGAUAUCAUCCUUCACGUCCUCAAGCGCAACCCCCAGCUGCACUACUACCAGGGGUACCAUGACAUCGUUGUCACCUUCCUGCUGGUCGUGGGGGACAGGCUGGCCACAGCACUGGUGGAGAAGCUCUCAGUACAUCAUCUCAGGGAUUUUAUGUACCCAACAAUGGAUAAUACCAAGCAGAUUUUAAAUUACCUGAUGCUCAUCAUAGACCAGGUGAACCCUGAGGUGCACGACUUCAUGAAGAGUGCGGAGGUGGGAACCAUCUUUGCUCUCAGCUGGCUGAUCACCUGGUUUGGCCACGUUUUAUCUGACUUCCGGCACGUUGUGCGAUUAUAUGACUUCUUCCUGGCUUGCCACCCACUGAUGCCCAUUUAUUUUGCAGCUGUGAUUGUGCUGCACCGGAAGCAGGAAGUUCUGGACUGCGAGUGUGACAUGGCCUCUGUCCACCACCUCCUGUGCCAGAUCCCACAGGAUCUUCCUUACGAGUCUCUGAUCAGCAAAGCCGGGGAGAUUUUUGUCCAGUUCCCACCUUCCAAACUCACCAAGGAGGCAGCUCAGGCGGAACGAACUGCGGCUUCCACUUUUAAGGACUUUGAGUUGGCAUCAGUGCAGCAGAGACCAGACACUGUGUUGAGGCAACGCUUCAGAGAGCGGAUGCGAGGGGAGGAGCGGCUCCGAGGGGAGGAGCGGACAAAAUCCAUCUUGACAAAACCCCGGACCAACCGCUUUGUCAAGCUGGCAGUGAUGGGGCUGACGGUGGCACUGGGAGCAGCUGCUCUGGCUAUGGUGAAGAGUGCACUCGAGUGGGCACCCAAGUUUCAGCUGCAGAUUUUCCCCUGAAGCUGGAGGAAGGGCCUUUGCUGUCACUGCAUCCAUCCCCAGCAGGAAAGGCUGAUGGCUGAUGAAGGACCUGCCCAGAAACAACCUGUCUGAAGAUUAUUUAUUAUUCUUACUGCGCCCAGUAACACUUUUGGCCUUUAUGACAGAGACUGAGGGAACCCUUCCAGUAGGACGGUUCCCCACACCAUGCUCACCUUGUUCCCCUCUCCCUGUGCAAGGGUGAGCAGACAGGUACUCCUGCUGUCUCCUGAGGAACCAGAGGUACGGACAAAUUUGUCUGUUAAGGCUGUGCUCAGGUGACUAUACAGAGGGAGAGCUGAGUGUGGGCUGUGCCCAAAGGAUCCUGUGUUCUCCACUGGGGAAAACUAGUGGGAGUGAGAACAGAUCUUCGCCUGGAGGAGUGUCCAGCAGGGUUUGUUCUGGGUGCUUGCAUGUGUGAGGGUGGAGGGCAUUGCACUUCUGAGGAACAGGGCAGACCUUUGGCUCUUCAUUGCUCCAGUGUGCCCCACGAUCUGCCUUCAGCUUUGCUGGUGCUCCAGCUCUUCCCUGUCCUGUGGACAUCCUCUGAGCAGAGCCAAACCUUUCCCACACCCCAGUCAGCACAAUGCUGUGAGCUUCUCUUCAGCGUGUAACAUUCCCUGGCUCUUUUUGCUUCCACAUCUUUGCAGCGUGAUAUGUUUGUAGAGGCCAGGAGCAGACCUUAGCUCCCCUCAGCUCUCGGGCACUGCCACUGCUGUGCUAGCAGUACUGUGACCAUAAAUGGGGUCAGUGAAGUGAACACAAGUAUGGUCACCCUGCCAAAGGUGUGUACUGUCGUGUGCCAGGUUAUGCUACCACAAGUCUUAGUGGCACUGUAAACAUCCAUUGCAGACUUCUUUAAUAGCUCUGGAAGUGGACAUUAAUGUGCCCACAUGGAGAAAGGCUUUUUCCACCUUGUGAAACACUUUGCACAGGGUAGAAGUUGUUGCACUAGAAAUGUGACAAAACCCCGCUCCAUGAGCUGAUCAGGCUUCAGCAUCACCUCUGCAAAUAACACAAGGGGUUUCCCAAAAAGGCCACCCUGGCCCCUGCAUAGCUUCCAUCUCCCCACCAAUUCCACUGGCAGUCCCAGCAUCCCUGCCCUCCAAGCUAAGCAGCAAAUCCUUAUAGAUAACUCAGUGUCCCACUGGGACAGAGCCAAUAGACACUCUAUACCUCUACCUCUCCCCCAAGCUGCUAAAUCUCCCUCAAGUGUCCUUACCUGUCCCUCCCGCUGCCCCAUCAUUGCUCUCUUGUGCCCAAAGCCAUCUGUGCCAUGCCCAGGGUCUGCACACCUGAAAAGGAGGUGUUGGUUGAAGGCAUUUUGGGCUAGAGAAGAAAACUCGUGCCCUGCAAAGCUCAGCACCCCCCACUCCUACCCUUCUUGGUCCAUUACUGCCCUGGGUGUGUUCUGAUUUGCCCCAUGCCUUGCUCAUAGAAGGGUUGUGCCUUUCUGGCCAGAGGGCAGGUGGGCAGUUUUCAUUUCUGACUUGUGUUCCCAUGAAGCUCUGAGCAGGUGUUCCCUUUGCCUCUGCAGGUGAAAUGAGUGUGUGAAACUGCCCUUGUUCAGGCAGGCAGCAAGACCUGUUCCAUCCUCUCCUCAGUGGUGCCGGUGGCCUUGGAGAGACUUGGGGCUGCUCAGGGGGCUCCUCCCAGUGUGGCUUUCAGAGCCCAUUCCUGGUCCCUUGGCACCCCCAGAGCAGCAGAGCAGGACUGGGGGCUGGGUCACUUAGCACUUUAGAAACCAUUGGUGCAGGAGAGUGUGGUGACCUGGGAGUGUUGCUGGAGGGGCCAGGACUGCUCUGUACACCACACUGGAGGAGGGGAUGGCUGGAGCCCCCCAGGAGGAGCCCCUGCAGCCCCUCCAUUCCCUGGCCAUGAUGCACUUUAGUUCUUGCGUUGUCCCUGGGGGGGAGAAGGGCCUGGGAGGAGACCAGGGUGCUUCAGUUACUCUGUACAAAGACUUAUACACCCCCUGUAAAUGCAGAUUUCUACAAGCCCUAAAACUGUAAAAUAAACAGUUACUAAACACA